UAUCCAUAGCGCGCAGACCUACUUCGCUCUUCUUCCCGCUCAUUCACCGAAAGACAUGUUGGCAAGAUCAAGGGACGCACUAGGCGAGGCAUGCAGGCGCUUCAAGCAAGGAGCGUAGGAUCGAGACUGCUCCGUACACCCACGCACAGUUGUGUUCGGUGCACCACAUCGCACGGAGCCUUGGGGAGGAUUGCAGCCCAAAGGUCCUGGGCAAGCAGGGAACAGCAGGCCAAUCGAUCUUUCUUCUCCUUUCGCGAUAUUCUCUCUGCACUUGGUCGGUCGAGGCGUACUGUCGAGCAAGCGAAGAUGGGCGAUCAGCAGGGACAGAGUGCUGGGCAUCCCAUCUCCCCACUUCCCCCUCCUCCUCCAACGCGCACACUGAAGGCCAACGAGGGUCCCCUGGUCUGGAUCGACUGCGAGAUGACCGGCCUCGAUCCGCGCACAGAGAGGAUAAUAGAGAUUGCCUGCAUCAUCACGGACGGGCAGCUCAAUGAGCUGGACGAAGGCGUAACUUAUGUGAUCAAGCAAGACAAGGCCGUUCUGGACGCCAUGGGAGAGUGGUGCACUCGUCAACAUGGUCAAUCCGGUCUCACAGCAGCUUGCCUCUCUGCCCAAGCUCUGGCGCACGCCGAUGUGAGAGCGGCAAUACUGACCUACGUCAAGGAGCGCAUCCCACAAGCUCGCGUGGCUUGUCUGGCCGGAAAUACGGUGCACGCAGAUGCCGCUUUUCUGAAGGGCGAAAUGCCAGAGCUCAUGCAACACCUGCACUACCGCAUUGUCGAUGUAUCCUCCAUCAAAGAGCUCGUGUCGCGUUGGUACGGCCCGCAGAGCAGAUGGCAAGCCGGCAAAGGCGAGCACAGAGCUUUGGAAGACAUCAGAGGCUCCAUAGCCGAGUUGCGCCAUUAUCGCAAAGAACAUUUCACACCAAAACUUUUCAACUGAUCGUCGGCGCGCGGUAAAAGACUUGUAGCAAUGCAUGCAUGCUC